UCAAGCUUUCCAAAGUUGUAGCAAGAAGAAGAAAAGAAGAAAAAGAGAACCUUGGCCUCUUGAAGCUUAGACCUGCUGACAUUUCCCAUACCAAGGAAUGGCUUCUGUUGUGGCAAAAGAAGAGGUUGAAUAUGAUUGUGAAGAGGUGAAGUUCAGCUAUGUGAUGAGACAGGUGAUGGGGCUCACAUGCUUGACCGGUGUGUGGCUCACAUAUCAUAACAUCACAAACAAAUAGAGAUACAUGGACAAAAAAACAAAAUCUUGUUCCGCCUUCCUUCUCAUAACAUAACAUAUAUCAUAACAUCACACCACAUUAAUUUGGAGUGUGCAAAGAAGAAAAUCUCACAAAUCACAAUUGAGAGGCAAAUGGACUUUGUUGGGAAACUUUGCAUUGGGGCUGUCUGUUCUUGCAUUCAGAGUCCUGUUGAGAGUGAGGGCAUGGGCCAUAUCUUUUGCACAAAAGAGAAACUUGAUAGUUUAGACAGCCCCAUGGAAGCUCUCAUGGCCAGGAAGAGGGACUUUGAGACCCAGCUUGAUAUUCCCUGCAGCUCAAGACAAAGACCAUCCUAUCAGCUUCAACUCUGCCUCGAAAAGGUUAGUGAAAAAGAUGAGGAGGUAAAGCAGUUGAAAGAUAAAUUUGGCAAACAGGGAUGCAUUUUUGGUACUUGUUAUCUAAAUUGUUAUUCAAGGUAUAGAACAAGUAGAGAUGCAAUGGUUUUAUUGAAUGAGAUAAAUGAGUUGAAAGAAGAACAAUUACAAGUCUCAUUUGUAGAGGAACAACCUCCUAUACCAGUCCCUGCUUCAUUAAAAGUAGUGGGAAGAGGAAUUGGUUCAAAUCUUGAUGUUACUCGCAGUUAUCUAGCAGAUGAAACAGUCGGAAUGGUGGGGAUAUGGGGCAUGGGGGGUGUCGGCAAGACCACACUAUUGAGAAAAAUCUACAACUCAUUGUUGGAUGAUGAAAACACAGGAUUCAAUUAUGUAAUAUUGGUUGUGGCUACAAAAGAUGUUCAGUUGGAAAAGCUUCGGGAAGAGAUAGCUACAAAAUUGCAAUUGAUCAGUUCAUCUAGCAAAGAAGGCAUAUCCAAUUUCUUGAAAACUAAAAAUUUUGUAUUGCUCUUGGAUGAUAUAUGGGUUGUAGUAGAUCUUGUGGAACUUGGGAUUCCUCAUCCUCAUAGUAACGACAACUCCACCAAACAAUACAAGCGGAAAGUGAUUUUCACUACUCGAUCUGAAGAAUUGUGCACUAAGAUGAGGGCUAAUGAGAAGAUUAAAGUUGAAUGCUUAGAGCCACAAGAAGCAUGGGAUCUUUUCAAAGAGAAUGUUAACUUAGAUGUUAUUGAGUCGGAUGUGAGGAUGAAGGAAAUAGCAAGACAAGUGAUGAAUGAAUGCAGAGGUUUGCCACUCACUCUUAUACUGAUUGGUAAAGCCAUGUCGAACAAAAAGAAUUUUGAAGAGUGGGACUAUGUACUCAGGUCUAUGAGGAAGUCCAAAACUAGUAUAAUUCAAGAUGUGGAGAAAUCAUUGUAUCCCACUCUAGAAAUAAGUUAUGACAAUCUCCCUAAUAAACUUUAUAAAGAUUGUUUUCUAUAUAUUUCUUUAUGGCCAAGAGGUGUCGGUAUCUCCAAUGAAGAUAUUAUAGACUUCUGGAUAGGACUUGGACUAAUCCAUGAAUUUGAUAAUCUGAGGGAAGCUUAUGGUCAUGGGCAGUAUAUCCUUCGUUUACUAGAGGCAGCAUGUUUGUUGGAGCCUUAUGAGAAAGCAUAUAUGGAGUUUCAAAAAGAUCUGAGGUUACAUGAUGUGAUUCGUGAUAUGGCUCUGUGGAUAGUGGCAAAAGUCUGA